GUGGUUUUUACGCAGGCCUCUUGCGACUCCAAUUCGUCGUUUUUCGCUACUAUUCAUCCUUCUUGGAUCUUCCUCAGCCUCUGGUGUGAUGAGCGACCUUGACGGGACAGCACCACUCACCUGAGCCCUUCCGAGUACAGACAGGCCUGGCUCUUUCCCAUGCUCAUCGUCAUCAAUCGCCUGGCUCGAUGGCGCGGGGGACCCUGUUGCGGGGACAACAGCAUCCGUGAUGAUGCGCGCCUCGAUACGCCAACCGCAGUGCCAGUUUCGAUCAAGAUGCCGCGAGAUAGACUACUAGUCAAUCAUCAUCGCGAACACCAUCGCCUUGACUUGCCUGCCGUGCCUGCUUGCUACAGCGUGGACAUUCUCGGGUUGAUCAUGGUCGCAGCCCGCACUCUUCAGCUAAGGUACUCCAGCCUCGCCACAUUUCAUGCUUACAUGGGGAGAACAGCCUAUUCAAAAGCUGACUACGUCAUCUUUCACGGAGGUGUUUCUGUCACGACCGAGAGCCGCGCGACCUGGCCAACGACAAGGUAUAUGGAAGCCUUUGACCAUCCAAUGACGGCAGUUAGAUGCUUGCUGAGCGAAUGCAGUCGCCUGAUUUCAUGUCAGACUAGUCCCAAUUCCGCACUUGCUGCGGUGAGGCUGGCUGAGGCCUUAGCGGUCGAGCAAUAUGUCUCGGCAGGUCGCAAGUAUGUGAAUUGGCUUUGUGAUUCUGAGAAUUGCCUGGGUCCUCUGUCUAUUACUCGCUUCAUUCUGUAGUGAUUUCCACCUGUGUCCCUGUCUUGAAGGAUGCCCAUGACAGAGUCGCCGCGCUUCCCUGAUGCGCAGAGUCUACUUGAUGUGCUGGGCUGAAGCAGCUCAGCUGACAUGGACGCCUAGUCAGCAGAAUCGCUUCCAAGUAGAGACAGUGAAGACACCUCUAGGUUGGCAG